AAGCAGAGGUUCUCGUUCUCGGAGGAACAAGUUACAGCGAUGGAACAACAAUUCCAAAAAAGUCCCUAUCUUUCCAGGACCCCUCGGCUAAUGCUCUCCUCAACAUUAAAUAUUCCAGAAGUCCAGAUCAAAAAUUGGUUUCAGAAUAGGAGGAUGAAAGGAAAGAAAGAGGGAACAUUGUGA